UAUUAUUACUAUAAAUUUCUUCUUCCAUCGUUUUCAUCCCUCAGAUCUGAGCUCUCCUCAUCUUUUAGCCAUGGCUGAAAAGGUGACAAUAAUGAGGCUCAAGGUUGAUCUACACUGUGAGAAAUGCUACAAGAAGGUCAAGAAGGUUCUCUGUAAAUUCCCUCAAAUUCGAGACCAGGUGUUCGAUGAGAAGCAGAACAUUGUGACCAUUAAAGUGGUGUGCUGUAGCCCAGAGAAGAUAAGGGAUAAGCUUUGCUGUAAAGCUUGUGGUGCCAUCAAAAGCAUCGAAAUCGUCGAACCGCCAAAGCCCAAACCACCUGAACCCCCGAAGCCGAAGCCACCCCCAAAGCCAGAUGAGCCUGAGAAGCCCAAGCCGCCACCCCCCAAGCCAGCUGAGCCUGAGAAGCCCAAACCGCCACCGCCACCCCCCAAGCCAGAUGAGCCUGAGAAGCCCAAGCCGCCACCCCCAAAGCCUCAAGAGCCGUGCCCGAAGCCGACACCGGUUCCAACUGGAGUGUGUUGUGUUCCAUGCUAUGAAGGAAGGCCCGGUGGGCCAUGCUUUGAAGGUUAUGGCGGAAAGCCUAAAGAGCCGUGCCCGAAGCCGACACCGGUUCCAAUUGGAGUGUGUUGUGUUCCAUGCUAUGAAGGAAGGCCCGGUGGGCCAUGCUUUGAAGGUUAUGGCGGACCCCCACCAUGUUACGGAGGGUGUUAUUAUGGGAGGCCUGUUUAUGAUAGCUAUGGCGGAGGACGACCUUGCUACUGCGUUAGCCGUUGUGAUCAAUACUUCAACGAAGACAACGCAACAGGGUGCACAAUAAUGUGAGCGAAAGACUCAUCGAUGUGGCCUUGUAUGGAGAAUAAUUAAUAAUGGUAUAGCUAUAUGGAGUUAUAUACAUAAAGUGGGUCCUCGUGUGUCUAAUCAAAUUUACGUUCUUUGUUUUUUGUAAUAAUAUUAGUAAUAAUAAAAUUGUUGACAGUGUUUCACAUGAAAGGAGAGAAAAACGAGUCACAAAAACGAGGGUUAAUUGAUUCCUGCGUUGUUUGUUUUACAUUUGUCUGAAUAAAUAAAGCAUUUUGAGGGGAUUUCUUUUGAUA